CCACUUCUACUUUCUGCUAUACUUUCCAAACUAUCCACCCAUCCACCACAAUGUCCACCAGCUACACCAUCCACGUCUCUGGCCUCGCCCCCGAGACCACCGAAGACAAGCUCCACGACUUCUUCUCUUUCUGCGGUAAACUCACCAGCGUCAAGAAGAGCGGGAGCGAAGCCGACAUUACUUUCGAAAAGCUCAGUGCUAUGAGGACCAGUUUGAUGCUCAACGGCGGUACUCUCGACGGCGCCCACCUUGAAGUCACUUCUGCUUCCGACAUUGAAAAGACCCCCUCUGUGCUCCCCACAGCGGGCUCUACCCCCAUCGGUUCCGGUCUUGACUCUGAGGGUGUCUCGCAAGAAGACAAGCCGAAGGCUGCUAUCGUUGCCGAGUACCUUGCUCACGGUUACGUGCUCGGAGACCACAUUGUCCAGAAGGCUAUCGACCUCGACCAUAAGCAGGGCAUCUCUCACCGAUUCCUCAACUUCUUCAACUCUCUCGACCACACUGUCGGCCAGAAGGUUGUUGGCGAGAACCAGACUUUCUCUGGCAAGAUCCAACAACACGCCGCUACUGCUGUUGCCAAGGGCAGGGAGGUUGACCAAAACAAGGGUAUCAGCGCCAGGUUCAGCGAAUACUACAGCAAGGUGUUUGGUACUCCUAUAGGCCAGAAGGUUGUUGCUUUCUACACUACCACCCAGAAGCAGGUCUUGGACGUCCACGAGGAGGCCAAGAGGAUCGCCGUGAGUCCCUUUCUGCCUUUCCCUUCAUGUUAUUGACUGACGAGUUGAUUCAGGAGGACAAGAAGAAGACCCACCUCGCUACUGUCCCUGCGGACGAGGCCGGAAGCUCUUUGCCCAGCUCCGACGUCAAGGCUGAUGUCGCUUCUUCCACUACCCCCGCCGCUGCGGCUACUUCUAUCCCCACUUCUACUGCCGCCCCCACCAUCCCUGCUCCCCCUCAGAUCUAAGUAUAAAUGAGAGAAAGAAGAAAGAAGGCAGACUUGUAGUUUAGACGGUAUGUGUAUGGUAUUGAAGGUGAAGCAGAUAGAUACCCAAAAGCCAGAAUACCAUGAUCUUGUAUGACGAACUUUGGAUGCAUAGCUGCCGAACUUUGAUGCUUGCAAUUGUUCAUGGCAUGAUUAGAAAACAAUGCCAAAAAUCUAGGCUGUAAAGCCAUGUCCCGCAGCCCCAGAGUAGUCCUGAUCGAGUUACCCUCCUCCUCGCCAUGGAAAAGACGAAGAGUUGAGAGAGCGUCACCAAAUUGCACUAAAGCCUUGUAGCCGGGUCUCGAUCCCUGGGCAGAGUAGAGAGACACAUCCGAGUCCGAGUCAGAGCUCGAAUCUGGACUUUCCAAAAAGGAAAACGGUGAUACUACAAAGGCGACCCCCCGUACCCCUACCAAGUCCCCAUCCCC